AUGGGGGGACAUAAAUGUCUCGAACAAAGCACUAUACAUCCUCAAAAUCAUCUACCGAACCGGGACAAUGAUAAUCAAGCCACUAUUAAAAGGAGCUGUGCCGUAGCUGAUAAUCCAUUGUCCAAAGCAAGUUCUCCAUUCACAACACAAAAUCAAAUACCGGAAGAUUCAAUACGCGAGGCCGAAGACCACGAGGCCAGCCUCGGUGCUCAACAACUCCUCGAAAUUUACAAAUUUGACGAACUACCCUCAAACCGCGAAAUACUACAGAUUACCGGGCUAUGCGAUCGCCAGGAUCUUGAAUGUAAAUGCGACACCAUUUCCACAUCCAAACACUUCCACUCCCCGCCUGAAAAGUGCGCUCUCCCGGACUCCAACUCGAAUCCUCUCGUCCCACCUCACGAACACUGCAUUUCUCAAUACCGUCCACUUCCUGACAGAGCAGGUGGAUGUCUACUCCUUGAUAGAGGCCGGGGUCAUAUGUGUUGUUAUUGGAGGCCUGACGAUCGGAAUUCCGAGACUUCGUGCUCUACUCUCGAUGAGAGAGCGAAUAAAGAUGACAACGUUUCAGCGAAGAGAGAGUGGGAAGGAAGAGGAAUGUAUAGGUACGGUGGAGCUGUGAAGGAUCAGAGCUGCCUGGUAAAUGUUGGAGUUGGGCCGAAGAACUUCUAUGUCUGGGAUCACAUUUCAGAGUUGGGGUCGGCAGGAAAGGAGUUUUUAGAGACGUUAUCUGAAUCUGAUUUAAACGCUGCGGCUAUCUUGAUCAAACUCAAGGAGUUGAAUUGA